CCAAGCAGCUCCGAAUCAUCAUAAAACAAACGAAAACCCAUCUUUCCUCUCUCCUCCUCUCUGCCGUGCCCUUUUCUCGCAACUAGUCUUCUUCACCACUCCUCCACGUCCACCUCGACAUGGCUACGCAAGAACAAAUCGUGACUCCUUGGGACGUCCAGGGCUCCGUGGUCGACGGUGUCGAAAAGGGAAUUGACUAUGAUCAUUUGAUCAACGAGUUUGGAACGAAGCGGAUCACCCCCGAGCAACUUGAGCGUUUCGAGAAGCUUACCGGUCAUCGUCCUCACCUUUUGCUGCGUCGCGGUGCCGUUUUCUCUCACAGAGACUUGGAUAACAUUCUCAACUUGUAUGAGCAGAAGAAGCCCUUCUACAUCUACACGGGUCGUGGUCCCAGUAGCUCAAGUAUGCACUUGGGACAUAUGGUUCCUUUUGUCUUCACCAAGUGGCUCCAAGAUGUGUUCCAAGUCCCAGUCGUCAUUCAGUUGACGGACGACGAAAAGUUCUUGUUCAAGCCCAAGUUGACGCUUGAGGAUUGCCGCAAGUUUGCUCGUGAAAACGCCAAGGACAUCAUCGCUGUCGGCUUUGACCCGAAGAAGACGUUUAUUUUCGCCAACACUGACUACUUGGGCGGUGCUUUCUAUCACACUGUUCUUCGUAUUGCCCGUUGCAUUACUCUCAAUCAAGCUCGUGCUUGCUUUGGUUUCAGUGACAGCGACAACAUUGGCAAAAUCCACUUUGCCUCUAUCCAGGCUGCCCCCUCGUUUAGUAGCUCGUUCCCUCACAUUUUCAACGGUGCUACGAAUGUGCCGUGCUUGAUUCCCUGUGCCAUUGAUCAAGACCCUUACUUCCGUCUUACUCGUGAUGUGGCUACUCGCCUCAAGUACAAGAAGCCCUCCUUGUUGCAUGCUCGUUUCUUCCCUGCUCUUCAAGGUCCUCAAACCAAGAUGAGUGCUAGUGACGACAAUUCCGCAAUCUUCAUGACCGACACGGCCAACAAAAUCAAGAAGAAGAUCAACAAGCAUGCCUUCUCUGGCGGCGGAGCUACCGUUGAGGAGCACAGAGAGCACGGUGGUAACCCCGAUGUCGAUGUUGCCUACCAGUACUUGUCCUUCUUCCUUGAUGACGAUGACCGUCUCAAGUAUCUUUACGAUGAGUACAAGUCUGGCCGUCUGCUCACUGGUGAACUUAAGGCUGAAUGCAUCAAAUUGCUUCAAACCUUUGUCCAAAACUUCCAAGAUGCUCGUGCCAAGGUGGACGACGCUACUGUUGACCUGUUUAUGGAUGGCACUCGCAAGUUGGAGUUCUAGAACCAACGGACAAUGCGUGUGCGCGUUGUAAAGGGAAGGAAGAUGCAAUUGGUCAAGGGCACUAGCAUAUCAUGUUUGUGUCUAUUAACUAAUUGUUCCGUUUUGUUUCGUUUUAGAUACCUUAGAAUAUACCUGUGUAUGGUGCGUUGGACUGUGUUCGAGCGCAGUAAAUACGAUACGGAGGUUUGCCGAGAUACGGAAUAGUCGUUACUGAUGAUUACGGAG